AUGGUGCUUCCUCUUGGUCGCGGAAGCUUCGCGCUGCGUCGCGGGGCAUGCGCAAGCUCCCUGACGCUGCUGCGGGCACGACAAUGCCUGCCCCGGCGCUGUUACGCCCAGAGCUCCGACCCAGAGACUAAAGCUACAGCCGAUGGAGCAAUCAACGAGACCUACAAAAAGGACAUUCUGGGCCUCUGGGAGAAGUACAGCAAUGCGGAUCUGCCCCUCAAGAACACCAGACCUGGCAAAUACUCCGGAUUGCUAGGCAAGAAGAGGGCCGUAUCCAAGAACCUCAUCUUUGCCGACCUCACGACCUCUUCGGGGGAAGUGAUUCAGCUCUGCGCCGAUGCCGCGAACGAUCCCGAAGCCCACGCCCUCUUGCGCGACGUCCCUGCCUUCAGCCCCGUCCUCGUCGAUGCGAUAAACGAGACCCCGAAGAAUGAAAGCAUCGGAGAGCCUUCGUCUACCUCUUCUAAGCCUACCGUCUCCCUCACGAACCUCCGAACCCUCAAUAGCGUCCCUAAGGACCUUAUCGUUACGAAAGAAGUCAACUUCCCGCCGCACAAGCGACACUACCAGAUCAAAUUCCACCCAGAGCUUCAGGCCCGCCUUAAGUUUCGGUCAUGGCUCAAGGCAGAGCUUACCAAGGGCCUGCUGAACAAGGGAUUCAUCGACGUUGAGACUCCGACACUGUUCAAGUCAACACCCGAAGGCGCUAGGGAAUUCCUCGUGCCAACCCGCCGGCGCGGCAUGGCGUACGCUUUGAACCAGAGUCCCCAGCAGUACAAGCAGAUUCUCAUGGCGAGUGGUAUCGGGCAGUAUAUGCAGUGGGCGCGCUGCUACCGAGACGAGGACUCUCGGGCGGAUCGUCAGCCGGAGUUUACACAGCUGGAUAUGGAGUGGUCCUUUGCUGGUGCGGCAAAGGUGAGACAGGACGUCAACGACAUUGUUCUGGAAGCCCUGGAGGCUCUACGGCCGGCGCAUAGCUAUAAGGAGAUUCGGAAUCAGCGAGUUCCUAUAUUGACGGAGAUUCCUGAUGGCCCACAACCUACGGAUGAGCCUCUCGCGCACGAGUUCACAACGAUCAAGUUCCAAGACAGCAUUGCUUCUUAUGGAACUGACAAGCCUGAUCUGCGCAUCCCCAACAAGGUCCAUGCUAUUCCAGACCUUGAGCCUUAUCGCCAGUUCGUCAGCAUGAUCACUGAUAUAGAAGACCCGCUAGUCGAAGCUUUCACCUUCCCACUAGAAAACGUCUCUCCCCAGGAGGCGCGUGAGUUCGUCAUCAAGUUUAUGGACGACCUGCCAACGGGGCUGGCCAACAACCCCGACGGACAGCCUUCAGUGCUUGUCUACGACUCGAGCAAACCACUCAUGGGCUUAAGCUCCGUUGGCUUCGAAUUUGAGGCCAUCUUGGAUCUUGUGUCUGAGGGCAAGGAACUCAAUGACGGUGAUCUCGUCGUCUUCCAGGCCAGGGAGAAGCACCAGGGUCAGUACUGCAAGGGCUCCACCAAGAUAGGCGAGUUGCGCAGUGCCCUCUGGAAGGCCCUUGUCGAGGCAGAGUACAUGUCGACACCGAAAUUAGGCACCCCGGGCUCGCUACAGUUUGUGUGGGUGACCGAGUUCCCCAUGUUCAAGCCCGUCGAGGAGGGUGAGCCAGGUCAGGAGGGUGAGCCAGGUCAGGAGGGCAGCGCUGGCAUCGCAGCAUCCCACCACCCCUUCACAGCUCCCCUGUCCCAGGCCGAUCUCGAGCUCCUCUUCACAAACCCCCUCGAUGCCAAGAGCGCAGCCUACGAUCUCGUGCUGAACGGUGUCGAGGUCGGUGGUGGCAGCGAACGUAUUCACGUUGCCGAAGUCCAAAAGUUCAUCAUGAAGGACAUCCUUAAGGUGCCCAAGAAGCGAAUCGCCGACUUUGCUCACCUAUUUGAAGCACUGCAGUCAGGAUGUCCUCCUCACGCUGGUUUUGCGCUGGGCUUUGACCGACUCGUCGCGCUCAUGACGGACACGGCGACGGUGCGGGAUGCCAUGGCUUUCCCCAAGACGAUGAAGGGAGAGGACCCGCUCGUCAAGUCACCAAGCAAGUUGACAAAGGAGCAACUUGAACCUUAUGGGUUGUAUCUCCGGGGUCAGAAGGAUUCAUGA